AUGGAGAAAUGUUCGCUAAAAGAUCAAAGGAAAUCUCAAGAUGACCGAAGUUUGAUUGAUAAAUACAGUAUACGAAGACGAUCGAUUGCCUCUGUGCCAUCAUCGGAACCUAUCGCUGAUUACUCGCCACAGCUACCAAAAACUUCUAAGCCAGAAAAACAGAUAGAUUUCGAUGAGAUACAAAAGAAAUUAAAAUCUAUGCGGAAAUGUUUGGAUGAUACGAUAACUGCAUUACCAAAUCAAUCACCGAAGAAAAAAAUCGAGUCAGGUGAUGAAAAAGUGGAGCUUUUAAAAGAAAGUCAAAUGCUUGCCAGUGCUUGUAAAAUGAUGGUACGAAAUCUGACAAGCCAUUCUGAGGAUAUGCAGUGGAUGAGCAUAGUUCAUGAUAUACUUGAACGUGCGGAUAAUGUCACCCGAAAUGCAGAAAAAAUUAUCCAAAAAUCGAAUUCCAUCUUUAAUGCGCAUUUAAUGCUGGCGAAAGCAGAUCAAAUGCUGAAUGCAUUAUCAGAGGUGCUGAGAUACGCAGAACCUAUCAAAAACAAAAAUUCAUCGACAGCUGAUGAUGAUAUUAAAGCGCUUGUCAUUCGGAGCACAACUUUAACUGCUACAUUAUCACAACUCAUUCAAGCAGUACGUGAUGUCUGA